GUCAAAAAUGUGAUGCAACGGCGUAGUAAAGGUAAACUUGUGUUGGCAGUACUGACCCGUUUGAUGAGGCGAGCGAUCCAUACCCCGAUGGAUGUGACGAUCAUGCCUACGGACCUCAACACGAGCGGUGCUAUCUUUAAGAGUGACGACUCUGAGUCGAUCAGGGGAGCCAUAUCGGGGACGAUCAGAUGGACUCCGGGGUCUUCCAGGAGCGCGCAGCAAACAUCCGUCAUGAUGUGCCGGUUCGAGAAGAUUGGCCGGACUCCCGAGGGUGAUCCCGGGCUCCGCUUGAAGAACACGCUGGUAAGAUCCCAACUCCAUCAAACCAGUGAGUGUUACAAAGCGUGUCAUGCUGAAGUGUUUUGGUUUGAUUUCAAACAUAUCGGUCUCCAAGGAACUCUUCAUGUACGGACCCCUCCACCUCACAGAGACAUCAGAUCGCGUCGACGCGAUGGGCGCAUGGUUUGGUUUGCCACGAGAUAUCUAUCAUCGGUUGAGCUACGCUGUUUCACCAGAAAAGAAGGCACUUACAGGUCACAAACCAUUUGGGGCGGUUUGAAGUUGGGAUUUGCACAAAAGAGGGCAAUUUGAAGACUGCACUGGGGCUUGAGCCAAGUCUCUCUUUCGUUGUGGAAGAUUAGCCUUAGAAAUUAGGUGUAAAUAAGUAUGCAAGUACGUACAGGUAUGUGCAAUUAAUGACUUAUCCACGCC